GUCAAUCCGUUGCUUGAAGCUUUUGGCAACGCUCAGACUGUGAUGAAUGACAACAGCAGCCGCUUUGGAAAAUACAUACAGCUGCGUUUCCAGAAGAAUACAGUGCAAGGUGCAAAGCUGAGCGAGUACCUGUUAGAGAAGUCACGGGUAGUGCAACAAGACACUGGGGAGAGGAACUUCCACAUCUUCUACUACAUGUUUGCUGGACUCUCUUCAGAGGAAAAGGAGAUGUAUGGGCUAUUGGAUCCUUCACUCUACAGGUACAUAAGUGGACGAUUUGGUACACAGGAUGUAGCUCAGCGCUGGAAGCACAAAUACCAAGAGGUGUGCAAUGCCCUUGACAUGGUGGGCUUCCAAGAACAGGAGCAAGUGGACAUGCAGGCUAUCUUGGCUGGUGUGUUGUCUCUGGGCAAUGUGACCUUUGAGCCUGAGGAGAACAGUGGGUCUGUAAAAGUGAGUGAAGCCUCCCGGGGGUGGCUGAAGGCUGCAGCGGGUCAGUUUGGAGUCCAAGAAGAUGAACUGUUAAAAUGCCUUAUUUGUACGAUGUCAGUGACCCGAGGCGAGCAGAUUCAGCGUUUUCACACCCAGCAGCAGGCAGAAGAUGCUCGUGACUCCAUUGCAAAGGUGGCAUAUGGCCGAGUAUUUGGCUGGAUUGUUUGCAAGAUCAAUGAGCUGCUGGCUGAGAACGUGGAUCCUGCGGUGGAGCUGAAGGAGAUAGGUAUCUUGGAUAUUUUUGGGUUUGAAAACUUUCCAGUGAAUCGUUUCGAACAGCUUUGCAUAAACUUGGCCAAUGAGCAGCUGCAGCAUUUCUUCAACCAUCACAUUUUCCAGAUGGAGCAGGCUGCCUAUAAGGAAGAAGAGCUGCCUUGGGAGACUAUCACAUUCAAUAAUACUGAACCUAUUCUGAACAUGCUGCUGGCCAAGCCAGUUGGGCUCCUGUCUCUUCUGGAUGAACAGAGUGCAUUCCCUCAGGCAACUGAUAAGACGUUUGUGGAUAAACUAAACAGCAGCUUCAAGGGGAAUUUGCACUUCCAGCCAGGUCGAGGCCGUGUUUUGUGCUUCAGUAUCAUUCACUAUGCUGGAAAAGUACAGUACACCGCUGGGGGCUUUCUGGAGAAGAACAGAGACACCUUGCCAGCCAACGUCCGUGGGCUCUUCAUCAACAGCAUCACCCCCUUGCUCAGUGUGCUGUUCACAGCCACUGUCUCCAGGACAGGGACACUGAUGCCCCACAUGAAAGCCAAGGUCUUCCCAGGAGCAGAUGACAAAUUCAACAGCACACGAAAACAGUCUGCUGGAGCUCAGUUCCGG